UUGUCAACCGCACGAUCCAGUUACUGUAGCUGCCUGCUGCAAUGAAAAUAUCUCCGUUUGUGGGUGGAUUUAUGGGCCGAGGUCCAUCAUCUUUUUUACCAAACACUGACUGAGUGAACGUGAGCCACUAAAGAAGGCAUGCAGCGGAUAUUAUGGCUAACAGCCGACACACUCCCCUCGGGAGCCAACAGCUGGCUGCCUCAUGCCAUCCUGUAGCUGGGCCCCCUCCGCCUGAGCUCCAUGCACCUCACGCAUCACCCCUUUUGACUUCAUGAAGAUCCCUGACAUCGGUGAUGUGAUGAAUAAAUUUGAAGUCCUUGGGAUUGUGGGUGAAGGUGCCUAUGGUGUUGUUUUGAAGUGCCGACACAAGGAUACAAAUGAAAUUGUGGCAAUUAAGAAAUUCAAGGACAGUGAAGAAAAUGAGGAGGUCAAAGAAACGACGCUACGGGAGCUUAAGAUGCUCCGGACCCUCAAACAGGAGAACAUAGUCGAGCUGAAGGAAGCCUUCCGCAGAAGAGGAAAGCUUUAUCUGGUGUUUGAAUAUGUGGAGAAGAAUAUGCUGGAGCUGCUGGAGGAGUUACCAAACGGCGUGCCGACUGACAAAGCUCGCAGCUACAUCUACCAGUUAAUCAGAGCCAUUCAUUGGUGCCAUAAGCAUGACAUAGUUCACAGGGAUAUAAAGCCAGAAAACCUUCUCAUCAGCUCCGAUGACGUCCUCAAGUUAUGUGACUUUGGCUUUGCACGAAAUCUCUCUGAGGGGACCGAUGCCAAUUACACCGAGUAUGUGGCCACUAGAUGGUAUCGCUCUCCGGAGCUCCUGCUCGGGGCUCCAUACGGGAAGGCAGUGGACAUGUGGUCGGUUGGCUGCAUCUUAGGAGAGCUCAGUGACGGGCAGCCUCUGUUUCCAGGAGAGAGUGAGAUCGACCAGCUCUUUACCAUCCAGAAAGUGUUGGGACCCCUCCCACCAGAGCAGAUGAAGCUCUUCUACAACAACCCACGAUUCCACGGGCUGAGGUUCCCUGCUGUGAACCACCCCCAAACUCUGGAGCGAAGAUACCUGGGAAUCAUUGGCGGAGGCCUGCUGGACCUGCUAAAGAACCUGCUUCUGCUGAACCCGACAGAGCGCUUUCUCACCGAGCAGAGCCUGAACCACCACGCCUUCCAGACCCUGCGGCUGGUGGAUCGACCAGGCCCAACUACACCUACACCUGUCCGCUCCUCCAAGAGAAAGCCUCACCAUGGAGACAACACCACCCCCAGCAGGAGCCAUGGAGGUAAGAGCUCCGGAAGCCACCGCUCCAGCAGUAGAGAGUGCUCCAGUUUGCCCCGGCAUGACGACGUCCUCCCCAGCAAUGACGGCUUCCUCAACGGAAACAUGCCUGCAGCCAUCAACCUCAGUCCCACGCUGCAUCCCAAGAACUACCAGCCGCAGAUCUACAACCACUCCACCUCCUGCAGCAUGGACCUGGCCAGCAGCAACCUGCCUCAUCUGCUCAGCCCAGGGGAAGCCAAGAGCAAGGGGGACUUUGAAAUGAACCUGGGGUCCAAAGUUUCAGAUGGACCAGGAGCCAAGUACCUAAAAUCAAACUUCCGCUCACAGCAGAACCGCCACUCUUUUGUAGAGGGAAAGACCAACACGCUUCAGUCAGGGGAAAAACACAGUCGACACAACUACAUGGAGGCUCACAGCUCAAACCCCUCCAAGUUUAGCUACCUGAACUUAUCUAAAAGCUACGGCACGCUUAGUGAUGCCAAGUCAGUGGGGAACUUAAACGAUGUGCAUCUUUACGCUGACGAGCCAACAGCUCGCUAUUUUCCCUCCAGCUGCCUGGACCUCACAGCUCCGGGCAGCCCAGCAGCCCGCCGGAUGGACCGACUGGGACCUGGUGGGAUUAGCAGAGGAAGCAUGCGCUCAGAAAGAGAGAGCAACACCCUGGACUCAUCCUACAGACGCUCGUCGGCCCGCCACAAGUCCUCCGAGGAGGCUAAGUCACCGGAUACUCUGGAGCCAGGGGAGGGUGGCAUCGAAAGGAGCCACUCUCACUCCCUGUCCGCCCCACAUGACCCUCUGACUUAUGGCCAGGGGUACACAAGCCCCUUCUCCUCCCAGCAGCGGCCGCACCGCCACUCCAUGUACGUACGUAGGGACCACCAGAGAACACACGGGGCAGAAGAGGGGCUAGUGGUGGGGCAGGGCGGGCCCACCAGAGCCAGCAGCCUACAGCUCCUGUCUCCUCAGCUGCAGCACCGCACGCUGCCUCGCCACUCUGGGGGCUCCUCCAGAGAAGAAGACAUGAGUAGGAGUGACCAGACACCCACUGAGGUCAUCCACAGCAGACCCCCAAUAAGGGACUCAACAAGGGACAACACCGCAUCUUUUCACACACAGCGGAAAAAAAGCGAGGUGGGCUUAUAUCAUGACCAGCAAACAGAAGAUGGGGGCUCGUCUAAAGAGAACCGCAACAUCUACAGUGAAUCCAUGCCUCGGAGGGUGGGCAGCUUCUACAGAGUCCCUUCUCCCCGGCCAGACAACUCCUUUCACGACAGCAGAGGUCAGAGCCGGGGCUCCAGCGACGGCUCGGGUUUAUCCAACCACUCCAAACGCCAGCCGACCUUCGACCCCUGGACUGGCCCAGACACUGUAGUGUUGAACUCAGAGCCCUCCAAAGAAAAGGAGAAGCAGGGUUUCUUCAGAGCAAUAAAGAAGAAAAAGAAAAAAUCUCAAAUGGUUCCCAAUGAAGGUGUGGACACGGUGAUCCAGAAGUCCUCCAGGUCGUCGGGUCAUCAGAGCAGCCGCCACAGGUCCCGAGACAAGAGCAGAGACCGGGACCAGGACCGGGACCGAGACAGAGACAAGGACUGGCCUCCGGAGAAACUGUCCGACUCACACUCUCCGAGUCAGCCCCUGAAGUCUCUGCGCAAACUCCUGCACCUUUCGUCCUCGUCCUCCAAUCAGACGGCUCCGUCUGACAUGCGCUACCAGCCGCUGCCAAAUCCAGAGAACCGCGGUCACUCAGGGGUCAGCACGCCCCAGCUGAAGAGCCGCCAGACCGCCUACCCACUGCCCGGACAGCUGGAGUCCAACUGGCACCCGACUGCCCUGGGCCGCCCUGAGGGAAACCCCUACCCCGAGCAAAUGAGCAUCAAGGGAGGCCAGAACGGGCACGGCUUCGGACGGCCCUCCAGGUCCCGCAUGCCGAACCUGAAUGACCUAAAAGAGACGGCUCUGUGAUCCAAGUCACCUUACUGCUCUUAGAGCAACUACAGACUCCUUCUUGUCCCCUCUGUCGCUCCUCCUCCUGUAACAGUACACUUGCUGAACACACACACACACACACACACACACACACACACACACACACACACACACACACACACACACACACACACACACACACACAUAAACAUACUAAACCCUCAGUUUUAAACUCUGCUUGCAAACGGGCCAAAAGCCUUUUUCUGUCUCAAUUUUUUUUAAAGCUUCCAUGUUUGAUAGACUUUAUAUUAAUACUUCUGUAAUUCUGAUUAUAAUUUGUAUUAUAAAGUAAAUAUAUUGCAAAUUAAAUAUAUAUAUAAAUGGAUAGAUCAAGUGUAGAUUUUAAGUGUAAGUAUUUUUGUUUCUAUUCAAUAUAGAAAUCUAGUACCUUUUACUGCGUAGUAUUUCCUUAAGACUAUCUAAGGCAUUCUAAAUCAAGUUUUAUCAGUUGUUACAUUAGAGGUCGGUGACGUCGCUAACUUUACUUUGUGUUCAUCAUCUCACGCGGGACUGGAGCUCUUCAUUCAGACUGGUUAAAGACGCUCAAAUGGGCAAAAACAAGUCAAAGUGGUUUUGUUCUUGAAAUCAAAGUGCAUUUUUUUCUGAGUUGGCACUGACAAUCUAUAAAGCUUCAAUAUAUUUGUUCUUUUAAGAGUAUUUAGGGGUUUUAUGUCUUUUUGUAAUGCAGCCAUUUUAGACUCUAUAUAUGGUGCCAUUAACUGACAGAAAUCCUAACCAACAAUGUCCCCUGUAGGCGAAAACAAAGCACUGCAUCUACUGACUGAGCUCACCAUGCACUAACCUACAUUUAGGCACGGACUCCUCAUGCACAAUAUGUGGAGAUAAUAUAUAACAUAUAAGAAACACAUGUACAAUGUAAGCUAUAAUAACGCCUCAGUCAUUUCAAAAAGAACAAAAACAUGACUGUUCCUCCUCACACAGACUUCAACAGUUAUCCUUUAUGGUAAAUAAUAUAAUCUACAGUUAUUGACUGGAAUCUGUACUUAUAAAAAAGAGUUAUGAAGCACCUUUAAGGAUUGAUUAUACAGUAUAAACUUCAAGGAUCCAGUUAAUCCAGUUCUAGACGUAUGAUAAAUACCCUCAUAUGGAAGUUUCUUUGUUGCUCAUUUCAUACUUAAAGAUUUAACACAAGCACCUUCCAGCUGGUUCUUCUCGUGUAAUCAGUUGAAUUCAUUUACACAUGCAUCCAAAAUGUAGAGCAAGUUUAACAGCUGUAAAAAUGUGAUUUAUAUACCUUUUUUUUUCUCAUUGUUAGAUAUUCCAUUUUGCAGCAGCUAGAGGAACACAAAAGCCAUUCUAGGUGUUAAUGUGCCGUGGUUCCCAACAUUUAAGCUAGCUAUCAGCUAGCACAAAAAUUGGCACAAAAUUGGCACCAUUAAGUGGUGCCAAUUUUUUUUAAAUUUUAAAUUUUGGAUUCAAGAGAAACAUCUUGCAAAAAGGUCUUUCUAAAACAUUUGGGAUACACAUGGAAACUGUGAGUGAUAGCUAAUGUAAAUCUUUCAUAUUUACCAUAACAUUUCUAUUUAUAGCCCGGGCUUUUAUUUACCUUAUAGUGGAUCAAAAAUGAAAAUGACCCUGCCUUUAUUUGGGACAGGCGUCAAUACAAGACAGGCUUUAACUCGUGCACAACAAAGAUGGGAAAGACCAUGAGAUUAUAAAUGUACACUAGAAAGAAUAUUUAAAAGUGUACAAAAAUGAAGGAUGUCGAUGAAUAAAUGUAGUUAAAAAUCACUGAUUUGGUUUCACUUUGUAAGACAGCUCUUCCAUAACAAGCUGCUGCGCUGUCUAGGAGAGAGGGAGACUCAUAUAAUUUAAUCCUCAAACUAACCAACACUGAACACAUCGGGGCCUCUAAUGGAGACCUGCCUGGAUUUGUCAAACGUGCAGCAGCACCAGCCUAGUAAAAGGGACUGGGGGAUUAAAUUGGGAUGGGCUUUUAUUUAAAGUUUUAAUGUAUUUAUCUCACUUCAUAUUGUAACCACAACAUGGAACAAUGUUAUCAUUUGUCUCGUAUCGUGCAGGUCGUGUCCUCAUUUACAAAUAUUAAAUAAAUGUUCAGGUGUGAGGCUACAGCUGAACUCUAGUUUAAUCAGUUGAUUAUCUCUGUGGAUUUAAAUAAGUUCAGACUCUAAACUCUUUCCAGUGAAGUCUGUUGUAACAGCAGAAGUAUCCCCGCGCUUGUUGGGAAUCACUGCACUUGUGUAUCUUUAACUGAUUGCACUCCCUGAACCAUUUGGGAGUUUAGCUUGUGAGAAAUCUUAACACCGCAGCACAGUGGGGGGGGGGUGAAGUUUUGUGCCGUAAUAUUGUUUUCUGUUUGGGUUAAAGUGCCAUGAAAGUAGCUUAGCCGACAACAGAUCCUAAGCUUGGUAAUGUUACACUUUGAAGAGAUUGUGCGGCUCGGCAAUCUCGCUCUGACUCUGUAAAUUCUUCCCUCCCGUCACGUUCAUCAUGUUUGCGGUGUGCGAGGACUGAAGCGAACGCAGUCACACACUGAGACCAUGGUUACAGUGUCGUAUUGUGUAAUGUGCAAUCUGUAAGGACUGUGCACACUCUGUACCCGACACAAUACAUCUCUCUCUCUCUCUUUGGAUUUUUUGUUUGGCUGAAGGAGCACCGUGUAUUAUAUUAAUACUGAUGUGUGACUACUUGUUUGGUAAUAUUUAUAACAGAGGAUGUUUAUCAACUGUUUAAAUGAAAUCAAGUAUUAAUUUUGUGCUUUAAUUACACAAAUUGGUAGCAUAGUCAGUGUUUAUCUGCUUUUCUUUUCUUUUUUUUCAACAAAGCAUUUACAUGAGAACAUAAAUACACCAACGAAUGCUUAACCAUUUUAGAAUAUUCAUGUUUACAUAUGUAACAGUAAAUCUCAAAUAAAACAACAUUGAUUUGAGUCUUGUAA